AUGGCUACAAAAAGUUUACAAUCAAUGCAGCGAUUCCUUGUUUCAUCAAAGAAAUCUAUUAAGAUUUUAAAAGAUAGUAUAUUGGAAAAGAAGGCUCUAGUCCAUCUUAGUUUUAAAAAUGCUGAUAAACGUAUAGGUUCUAUAAGUAUAGUUUGGUUGUGGCUAGCUGUGGAAUCCAGGAGUUACAAUGAUAUACUACAAUUGACUUCUAUAUCAAUGGUCUAUGUGUUUGAAUUCAGUUUAUUGUCUUCGGUGGAUAAUACAGUUCAAUUCUAUUGGUCAUUGUUAUCCACUGGAACUACGAAGAUGUGUUCUAGAAUUCGAUCAAAAUUUGUGAAGAUUGAAGAAACAUGCAUCCUGGAUUCCACUGCUAGUCACUAUCCACCUUUGAUUAAUAAUAAUAAUCGUUUUUAUAUAUUAAAAAUAAUUUUAAAAAUUAUGAAUAUGAUUACCAAUGAUUAUUUUGGCUUAUUGAAAUUUGAUUGGCUCUCAACAAAAGAGGAUAGCCCACGCUUAUUAAAAGACAAAAAUGCUUUAUACGAAAAAUUUCUUAGACGUUUUCACACACACACACACACAAAAGAGAAAGAAAAGAAAGAAAAAAAACAAGAAAAAAAAUAAUCUGUCAUAGUUACUCAUCUCUUCAUUCAUUCUUAUUAUAAAUUAUUGAAUGUAUAACAAUUGUGACAGAGUAUUUAAACCAUAGAAAUAUAGAUCAGUUCACCAUUGAAUUAAUUCAAUUCAUUAAAUAGUAUUCGUUCAGCAGCAGCAACAACAGCAACAACAAGAACAACAACCACAAGAAAAAAUCAGUUCAUUUUAUUAUUUUGAAAGUAAAGCACAAAUCAAGUUCUUUUCUCUUUUCUUUUUUUUGUUUCAUCGUUUUUGAAUCUUGUUUGUUUUGUUUUUGUUGUUGAUUUUUUGUUCUUGUUGGUGAACUAUAUUGAUAUUUUCAUUAUAAAAAGAAGAAAAAAACAGAAAAUUAAUUAUAAGAGAACACAGUGAUAUAAACAAAAAGAAAGAAAGAAAAAAGAAAAAAAGAAAGAAUAAUGUUUCAUCGAAAAUCUACAAUUAUUAUAACAAACCAAUAUAUUUUAAUCAUUGGAAUUGUUUUAAUGGUUAGCGAUCAAAUUAAUGGGUUAGCAUUACAUAAUGAUGGAUUACUUUUGAAAGAUUUGAAGUUUACAAGACCAUGCCCGGAAAAAAAUUAUCAAUUUCAUAAUGCUACUGGAAAUUUUAUGUGUGUUGUACCAACAGCUAAAAAGUGUUUUGAAUUAUGUCAAGAAUUAGGUUGUAAUGAAUGGUAUUUCAUGAGUUUUGUACCAUCUGGUAGUGAAGAAAUUAAAAAAUAUCAUCGUUGUCGAUGUUUCCCGGAAUAUCAUAUGUGUUUUUAUAAUUCAGUACCAAGAAGAUAUCGUGAUUUUGAAUAAUUCUCAUUUCUUUUAUUAUAUAAUCAUUUUGUUUCUGUGUGUCUGUGCGUGUAUGUGUCUGUAUGUGUGUGUGUCUGUGUGUGUGUUUGUGUUUGUGUGUGUGUACUUGUAUCUGUGUUAAUUGGAAAAAAAGAACUUGAAAGCAUUUAUCAGUUAAACUAAUUAAUGAAUAAAUAAAUAAUGAUACUACUAAUAAAGAAAUCUUUAAUCCCUUUCAUUUUAACUGUGAUGUAACUGAUAUAAAAACUUUCAUGUAUGUUACAAUCAAUUCAUCAUUUCAUUCCAAUGAACCAUUAUUGUCAGAUAUCAGUUUAACUGAACUCACUUCUAUAUAUAAAUAUAUGAAGAUCAAAAUAUACUAUUCAAGUUAUAUACUCUUUUUCUAUUUCUUUAUCUAUUCUUGUUGUUUAUUGUGUUGUGCAUUGUUUUCUUUUAUGUUUUAUGUGUUUUCUAUUAACAUGAUCCUAAAUAAAUAAAUAGAAAUAUAUAUAUAUGUACGUA